UAACCGUGGAAAGAGUAACAACACAUUCCUUUUUUCUAGUGCGCAUUUAUUAUCUCGUCUGAACGCGUACGGUACCGUGUCAGCAGUGACAGGCUUCCAGGCCGGUAAACCUACAACACCAUGGCCCAGGACAUGACUCUGCUGUGGGGCUCCGGCUCUCCUCCCUGCUGGAGGGUCAUGAUCGCUCUGGAGGAGAAGAACCUGCAGGGCUACAACCAGAAACUGCUCUCCUUUGAGAAAAUGGAGCACAAGUCCCAGGAGGUGUUAGAUAUUAAUCCAAGGGGACAGCUUCCCUCUUUCAAACAUGGUGACAUCAUCGUGAAUGAAUCCUACGCAGCCUGUUUCUACCUGGAGAGUCAGUUCAAGUCUCAGGGAACUAAACUGAUCCCAGACAGCCCUGCUGAACAAGCACUGAUGUACCAACGCAUGUUUGAGGGUCUCUCCUUCUACGAUAAACUCAAUACAGUUAUCUACUAUAACUGGUUUGUCCCUGAAGAAGAGAGGCAUGACUCAGCUCUAAAGAGAAACAUGGAAGCUCUUACCACUGAGAUCAAGCUCUGGGAGGGUUACCUGCAGAAGCUGGGCUCGGGCUCUCACCUGGCAGGACCGUCCUUCUCUCUGGCAGAAGUGAUCGUCUUUCCAACUAUCGCUACUCUUUUCAGAUUUGGGUUGUCUGCAGAGCGUUACCCUAAACUGGGAGAGUAUUACGCUCUGUUGAAGGAUCGGCCCAGCAUCAAAGCCAGCUGGCCUCCUCAUUGGCUGGAGAACCCGAAGGGACAAGACACACUCAAAGACGCCUGAGAGCCACGCACACACUUCACAGCCUAGUCUGCCUGUACUGUUUUGUUUUUCAUAAACAUGCUUUGGCUUUUGUUCAAUAUAGUUCCAGCUCUCAGUUUGUCAAAUAGGAUUAAGCUUUUUUUUUUUGUUAUUUCUGAUAAUAACUAGGAAAGAAAGUGUUGAGAUUAGCAGUAAGAUCUGGGUGUUCAUGUUAGAACUACAGAAAUGUGCUUCUUGUCAAACUAGCUUUAGUAUUUAGUAAAAAGGUUUCUGUCAGUCUUUUUUCUGUCAAAGCUUUGCCAAGAAAUCAUUUGAUAACACAGGCUUUAUUAAACUGCAUCAUGUGAUGAUUGCAGAGUAGUAGGCACAGGCUGGAGGCAAACUUUCUAAUUGUGUUGGUGUUGACAUGGCAGCUUUUGUUGCCAAGAUACACAGCAUGUAUACUUAGCAUCCAUGUCUGUUGAGAAAUGCAUACAAUCCAUUAUAACAGCAGCAUUGAAUGUGUGUUGACUCUUUCUUUGUUUGAUUAUUUUUUAAAUAGGUUUCAACCUAUUUUCUUGUACUAAAUAACCUCCAUUACUGUGAACAUGUCUUUUAGGCUUUGCAUGUGCACUUAUUUUUGAACCAGUAUAUCUGAUAAACAAUUUAACUAAAGCAUGCAGCAAAUAAAGUCAAGAUGUUACUGCUAAGUAAGGCUUGUAUUAGAGUUUUGACUGUAUUGUAGCUGAACACAACAUUGCAUUGUACCCUAUAAACUGGUAAUGUUAAAGUCAAGCCGGGGGGAAAAAAAGAGAUAGAAAAGGGUAGGUGGAGUCCUUGACAAUGACCCUGUGGUUUUAUGGUUUCAAUGGCUGUGCCAAAAGUGGUUUGCUCUGCACAAAGGCAAAUGAAAUGCCCUGUGUUGGCAUGACUUUGCAUGUAUGAGAUAAG